AUGCCCUAUACAAAACAAAUCCCAAAUAAACAUUUUCUUGGACCUCUCACCCCACCGCUCCACCGCCGCCACUCACACGCCCUCUCACCCCACCGCUCCGUGCACCGCCGCCACUCACACGUCCUCUCACCCCACCGCUCCACCGCCGCCACUCACACGCCCUCUCACCCCACUGCUCCACCGCUGCCACUCACACGCCCAUCACCCCAACGCUCCACCGCCGCCACUCACACGCCCUCUCACCCCACUGCUCCACCGCUGCCACUCACACGCCCAUCACCCCACCGCUCAAACGCCGCCACUCACACGUCCUCUCACCCCAACGCUCCACCGCCGCCACUCACACGACCUCUCACCCCACCGCUCCGUGCACCGCCGCCACUCACACGCCCUCUCACCCCACCGCUCCGUGCACCGCCGCCACUCACACGCCCUCUCACCCCACCGCUCCACCGCUGCCACUCACACGCCCAUCACCCCACCGCUCCGUGCACCGCCGCCACUCACACGCCCUCUCACCCCACCGCUCCACCGCUGCCACUCACACGCCCAUCACCCCACCGCUCCACCGCUGCCACUCACACGCCCUCUCACCCCACCGCUCCGUGCACCGCCGCCACUCACACGUCAUCUCACCCCACCGCUCCACCGCUGCCACUCACACGCCCAUCACCCCACCGCUCCACCGCCGCCACUCACACGCCCUCUCACCCCACCGCUCCACCGCCGCCACUCACACGCCCUCUCACCCCACCGCUCCACCGCCGCCACUCACACGCCCUCUCACCCCACCGCUCCACCGCCGCCACUCACACGCCCUCUCACCCCACCGCUCCACCGCCGCCACUCACACGCCCUCUCACCCCACCGCUCCACCGCCGCCACUCACACGUCGUCUCACCCCAACGCUCACCGCCGCCACUCACACGCCCUCUCACCCCACCGCUCCACCGCUGCCACUCACACGCCCAUCACCCCACCGCUGCCACUCACACGCCCAUCACCCCACCGCUCCACCUCCGCCACUCGCACGCCCUCUCACCCCACCGCUCCGUGCACCGCCGCCACUCACACGCCCAUCACCCCACCGCUGCCACUCACACGCCCAUCACCCCACCGCUCCACCUCCGCCACUCGCACGUCCUCUCACCCCACCGCUCCACUGCCGCCUCUCACACGUCCUCUCACCCCACCGCUCCACCGCCACUACUCACACGCCCUCUCACCCCACCGCUCCACCGCCGCCACUCACACGUCCUCUCACCCCACCGCUCCGUGCACCGCCGCCACUCACACGUCCUCUCACCCCAACGCUCCACCGCCGCCUCUCACACGCCCUCUCACCCCACCGCUCCACCGCUGCCACUCACACGCCCAUCACCCCACCGCUGCCACUCACACGCCCAUCACCCCACCGCUCCACCUCCGCCACUCGCACGUCCUCUCACCCCACCGCUCCACCGCCGCCUCUCACACGUCAUCUCACCCCACCGCUCCACCGCCACUACUCACACGCCCUCUCACCCCACCGCUCCACCGCCGCCACUCACACGCCCUCUCACCCAACCGCUCCACCGCCGCCACUCACACGUCGUCUCAUCCCACCGCUCCACCCCUCCUCAGUCACACCCCCACCACCACCUCUUAUUCACAACCCCAAGCUCCACCCGAACCUCACUCUUUCGGCUACUAUAA